AUGGCUAACCUCAUUCGCUCCGCCAAGUCCGGCAGCGACUGGACUCUCAAUGACCUGGACUCAUAUCACAUCAGCCUCAAUCAGAUGGAUGCUCUUCCGUUCUUUGGCUUACAGGCGUUGCCACAACCCUCGGUUGAUCCAGAGCUGCUAACCAAUGUCGAAGCUGGCGCUAUGCAACAAGAUCGCCACGCAGAGUUGAUCACCUACCUUGAUCUCGCCAUGAUCCCUGAAAACGGUGAAACCGCCGUGGAUGAUUUUGCCGUCGAGCUUUUCAAGAUUCUGGGUUAUGUUCGUCGAGAACGAGUGGCGCGCACGCGGAUGGACCUCCCGCUCCUUAUUUGCGGCGAAAGCAGGCACGUAAAGACCGACGUCUGUAUCAUCGAUCGAUCUCAGAACGAUAUCCUUCUCCUCGUCCAGGAAGACAAGAGGUUGGAGCACGGGGAGCCUGUCAAUGCGCGAGCUCAGCUUGUAGCAGAAGCAAUCGGGGCCUUUAACGAGAAUAAUGCGCAAAGGGAAGCGGCUGGACUAGCUCCUCUGGCGGAAAAGGUCAUACCCGGCAUUGUCAUGGUGGGCACUUCGCCCACGUUCUUUAAAAUUCCCGUCACCAGAACCCUCUCCACCCAUAUUCGUCAUGGGACCUAUCCUCCAGAGGAAACCCAGGUGACCUAUUGUUAUCCGCCCGUUCCUCGUCCCGCCCGCCGACGUAGUGAAGGGAUGAAGCCUCUCGACAACAGGCGUGAAAUUUUGAAGUGCUAUGAAGCGUUUAAAGUGAUUGUGGGUAUAUGA